ACAUGAAGAGAGAAUCCACACAUAUUUGAUUACCUUCUUGUGUGUGAGAGAGAAACAACAGAGAGAACUGGAAAUGGGGGAGGAACUGAGUCAAGAAACACACCACUCAACAAGAAAGAAAGGUGGCCUAAUCACCAUGCCUUUCAUUAUAGCAAAUGAGGCAUUUGAGAGGGUGGCAAGCUAUGGUUUGGUGCCAAACAUGAUUUUGUAUUUGAUGAGUGAUUAUAAUGUUGGUGUAGCUAAAGGCACAAACAUAAUCUUUCUAUGGACAGCAGCUACUAAUUUUGCACCAAUUUUAGGGGCAUUUCUCGCUGAUUCGUAUUUAGGCAGCUUUCUCACCAUCGGCUUGGGUUCACUCCUUUCUCUUCUGGGUAUGUCCUUGUUGUGGCUAACAACAAUGGUUCCACACCUGAAGCCACCCCCUUGCAACCAAUCAACAGAAACCUGCAAACCACCCUCAACUUCUCAAUUUGCUUUCUUGAUUGUCGCCUUCAUGUUCAUCUCUUUGGGAGCUGGGGGUGUUAAACCAUGCUCAUUAGCAUUUGGUGCUGAACAAAUUAACAAUACAAAAAAUCCCAACAAUAAGAGGACAUUAGAAAGCUUCUUUGGCUGGUACUACGCCUCCGCCAUGAUCGCGGUCCUUGUUGCAUAUACAGUAAUUGUUUACAUUCAAGAUCAUGCUGGAUGGAGGGUUGGUUUUGGUGUACCUCCGAUUCUUGCGUUGUUAUCUAUCAUUAUGUUCUUUCUAGCGUCUCCGCUUUAUGUUAAAACGAAAGUUGAAAAAAGCAUAUUCACAAGCUUUGUACAAGUUAUUGUUGUUGCUUAUAAGAACCGUAAGAUUGUUGAUGGACCUUCAAACCAAUGGCAUUAUCAUCAUAAAGAUAAAGAUUCAGAUGCUGUGCCCACCAAGAAACUCAGGUUUCUAAACAAAGCUUGCAUAAUUCAGGAUCCGAAAGACAUAACACCAGACGGAGUUACUUCGAAUCCUUGGCGUCUAUGCACAGUAGAGCAAGUUGAGGAACUAAAAUCACUAAUCCGAAUUCUACCAUUGUGGUCAUCCGGGCUUGUGAUGUCCAUAAACAUAAGCAAUUCAACAUUUCCAGUAAUCCAAGCAAAAACCAUGGACCGGCAUCUAGGUUCGUCACACUUCCAAAUUCCAGCAGCUUCUUUCUCAUUUUUCGCCUUCAUUAUACUACCGUUAUGGGUCCUAGUAUAUGAUCGCGUAAUAAUCCCCUCUGCCUCAAAAAUUACAAGAAAACCAGUUCAUCUGAAUGUUAAACUAAGAAUUGGUAUGGGCUUUGCAUUUUCCACACUAGCCAUGGCGGUUUCCGCCAUUGUUGAACAUGUUCGACGACAAAAAGCAAUUCAACAAGGAUUUAGAGACAACGCGCACGCAGUGAUCAACAUGUCGGCAAUGUGGCUUGUUCCACAAUAUUGCUUACACGGGUUAGCAGAGGCUUUGAGUAUAAUCGGGCAAAACGAGUUUUAUUACUCUGAACUACCCAAAACUAUAUCUAGCAUUGCGGCAUCACUUUUCUUGCUCGGCUUGGCUGUGGCUAACUUGUUGGCUAGUGUUAUACUAAACAUGAUCGAAAAGUUAACUAGAGGAAGUGGGAAAGAAGGAUGGAUUGCUACAAAUAUUAACCAGGGACACUAUGAUAGGUACUAUUGGGUUCUUGUGGUGAUUAGUUUCAUCAACUUGCUUUAUUUUCUUAUUUGUUGUUGGGCUUACGGACCUUGUGUAAAUGAGAAGCUGAAGGACGAGUGUAUCCAAGAAUCGAAUGAACAUAUGUGAUUAUGUUCUUGUUCGUAGAGUAAGAUAUAUUCUCUAUAAGUAAAGAUCAAAUAAGAAAGUGUAAAUUACACUUUUUGUCCA